AUGUCCCAUGGCGGCUAUGUCGGGCGCUUACCGGCGGUGUGGCAAUCAGUGCGGGCGAAGAUCGUGGAACUGCACACAGCGGUCUCGCAGGCGGCUCGGCAGGAGGCGGACCAGACGCUGCGGCAGUUCGCGGAGACCGAGGCGGCCUGGGACGCCUCCAAGACCUUUCUGACGGAUGCGGAGCCCACGAUGCAGUUCUUCGGUGCUCAGACCUUGCGAAGACGGCUUCAGCGCGCCGCGCAAGGAUAUCAAGAGCCCGGAGCGGGAGACCUCAAGGACUGGGUCGCCCAGUUGCUACAAUGGUCCGAGUCCAUGUCCGUGCAAAACGUGGCCAAACAACAGCUGGUGAUUGCCUUAGCAUCCAUUGCAGUGGCCUUGUGCAAUACCACUUGGAAGAGCGUGGUCCACAACCUCUUAACCUUGGCGGAGCGACAGCCAAAGAUCGCUUGGGGCACUCUGUUGAUCAUCCCCGAGCAGCUGUCUAAGGUGGUGCACAAAUACCUCAGAACUGAUGACAAGACCCUGGCACUGCUGGGCAGCGCGGGUGGUCUCCUGGAUGUGGCGGCCAGAUACCCGGCGGCUGGCUAUGACCAGGCGCCCACUGGCACGUUGACGGAUUCCGAGUUCUCGCUUGCUUUGCAGACAGUGACGCAAUGGUCCAAGGUGAUGGGUCUCCAGGUCAUCGAGCACCAGAGCUUUGCGUCGCAUCUCAUUGGACUCAUCGGAAGCCCGGCCAUCAACUCGGACGUGGUGCUGGACACCGUCCUAGAGAUCUUGCGCAGGUCCGACGGGGCCUUCUUGAUCUACGAGCCAGCUCAACAGGCUGCCCCUGCUUUGCAAAAGACACUGGUGGCUGUGACUCGCUCGAUGCAGACGAUGCUCCCCACCCUCGAGCAGCACGCUGCCUCAGCUGCGCAGCUAGAUGAGGAAGAUGCACGGCGCCUGGCGCGCUGGGCGGAGGUGGCUGGAAACCUCAUCGAAGCUUAUACGCAGCUGCUGUGGUUGGACCAGGAGGUCUCAGAGAUUCUGCUGCGUUUCAUCGCUGCUUCCUUCAUGGUGCAUCCCAAAGUGGCACAGGCUGUGUCUGAGCUCUGGGCCGUUUUAAAGGAGGCCAAGCGCGACGGCAAGCUGCCGGAGGGCGUGAUGCCCGGGCUGCUGCAGCGCUUAGCGGAGCCGAGCAUCCAUUCCUUCGUCCGCUUCAGCCGUUUCGAUUCACCCGAAGACCGUGCUGACCUGGUGCAGAUGAGAAGUGCGCAGCAGGAUAUUUUGGUCGACAUGUACUGCAUUGCAGCUGGCACAGCCGAAGCACAGUUGGUCCUCUCUACCUUGUUGCAUGGCAGCCUGGAACGGCACCCGCCAGCCCUUGAUGUGCUGAGUCGACGGCUGAAGCAAUUAGAGAAGGCCGAGGCGGCGGGAGACGCUGUCGGCGUGGAGGUGGUGUGGUAUGCCUUUCAAGGCAUUGCGGAGGUCAUCGCCGAUGAACCCAACGUCCCCGAUGCAUUUCAUUCGGUUCUGCGGUCGGUGGUGAAAGUCGGCGCCGCACCGGUGGAAGUCUCCAGCACAGGGGCGGCACUGCUCCGGGCCUGCGGUCCGCAUUACGAAAAGGACUUGCAGGCGCACUUGGCUCCAGCAGUGCAGUGGCUGAUGACCAUGGUGACGCACAUUCCGGUGGACGCCAGCGAAACGGUGCAAGAGUUGUGUGGGUAUGCCGGCAAGCUGCUGCUUCCCUUCGUGGAGGAAUUUCUCAAGGUGGUCUCAGAGGUGGCGCCAAAGGCGCCCAGUGAGGUGGAUGCAGCGCUGCAUGGUGCCUUGCUGGGGAUCACGCGCAAUCUGCCGGCGGAUCAAGCCGUCAUGGGCUUCGCGCGAAUCUGCGAAGGUUCUGCAAGCAGCUUGAAGAGUGGCCUCGACGUCUCCACCGAAGCAGGUCGACAGAUGCUGCACCGAAUCCUCUGCAGGAUCUUGCGCUGCGACUCUGUCAUGGAGGAAGCGGGCAGCAGCCAGCAGGGUCUGGGUCCCACCCCAGAGGCGCGCCUGGCGUCGCAGUGCAUUGCCCGAUUCUUGCUCUCAUGCUGGACUGCCCUGGCACUGCCGUGUCAACAGCUCUUGUUGGCUGCUCCAGUGGCGAAAGAUGCCACUAAGGGACGGCCCAUCUUCGAAUACUCCGACGUGGCCUUGCAGGUGAAUGUCCUGGCCUUGCUGCGGCGUGCAGGGCGCGCCGCCUGCGAGGCGGAGUCCGUGGAGCUGGCCACGGCGCUACAGCAGCUGCUGGUGACGUGCUGUCAGGAGGGCCAACUGGCUGUUCUGGGUGCUAUGGCGCAGCUCGCAGGCCAUCCACAGCUGGCGCAGUCCAUCGUGCUGCCACAGUUGGAUUUGAUCAGCAACACCUCUUUGAUGUCCGUGCAGAAGGGACGCCCUGCAGAGGAGCUGAUUCCCUUCUUGGAUUUGUGCUCUGCUCUGGCUGGGUCUGUGGGUGACUCACUGUUCAGCUCUCGGCAGCUGGCGCCGUUGUCACAGCUCUGUGUGGCAGCCCUGGGGUCCACUGAGCACGAGGUGCUGAAGCCUGCGCUGCUCUUCCUACAGCGUUUGCUGACCUCGCGCUCGGCACAGCUGUCGUCCACGGACGUCGCUGCGUUGGCGCAGCAGGUGGUGGGACGAUUUCAUCAGUGGCCCAGGAGCAUGAGCGGAGGGAUCUUCAAGGUUUUCUCCGCUAUGGCUGAGAGACACGAACCAAUCUACCUCUCAACGGUGGCGGCUGCGGGCUCCGCUGGUUCCACAGCACCCUGCAUGGCUUCAUUGUCCGCCGCCGAUCGGCAGCUUGCGCAGCAGGCCAUGGCCCGACUGCGCGGUCCGCGGCUGAAGCACUUGCUGCAGGAGUUGGGCGAUAUUGCGCGGGGCGAACACACCGUGGAGACUUGGAGAACUGUGAAGGUGAUUUUGGCGGUUUUGAUGGAUGCCAUUGACGCACUGAACGACAACUACAAGUCAUGGGCUUACUUCGGAGCUGGCUUGGCACAGAUUCACGGCUCCGCACGGCUCUUCCGCGAGAUCUUCCAAGAGACAAGCAGCGGGGAUUUCGGCAUCCAUAUCAAAGAUGGUCCGCUGUUCCGUUGCCACACCAGAAUUCUGGAUACGUCUGGGGGGUUCUGUGGAAAAGUCAGACAGUUCGGGAAGCUGAUGAGCCGAAACGCAGACCAUGAUGAGAUUCCAGCUGCCAAAGACUAUUUCAAGGCUCAAGGCUACACCCGGCUGCUGAAUGACUUGCAGUCCAUCCAAUUCUCGCAGCCCAUGGAGCGUUCAGCGUUGAACGGCUCGCUGGCCAGCAAGCUGGGUGGCAAGCGGGAAGACCCUCUGAAGCCAGGCUUUUCGACAGCUCACUUCAUUGGUGGCACUGUCGGCACCAACAAGCGAGCAGAUCCUUUUUUCCUAGCAGAACGCUAUGAAAUCCAGUGCGACUGCGAACUUAUGGCAGAGCUGCUGAGAUUCAUCUACUGCGGUGAGAUGUCGUUCUUCGAAGGACAGGAAGGAACACACAAGGCCAACGAGAUUCUGACGCAGAAGAUGCUCGCGAUUUGCUUCGAGGCCGAGCGCUUCUCGGUGGAUGCGUUGUACGAGAAGUUGCUGGCCUGGUUCGGCACGAGUUUGGUGCAUUUGCGGUACGGCUUUUGCACUUGGUACGCUGUGGUACUCUGCGGUACGGCUUUUGCACUUGGUACGCUGUGGUACUCUGCGGUACGGCUUUUGCACUUGGUACGCUGCGGUACUCUGCGGUACUCUGCGGUACGGCUUUUGCACCUGGUGUGGUACUCUGCGGUACGGCUUUUGCAUUUGGUACGCUGUGGUACUCUGCGGUACGGCUUUUGUACUUGGUGUGGUGCUCUGCGGUACGGCUUUUGCACUUGGUACGCUGUGGUACUCUGCGGUACCGCUUUUGCACCUGGUAUGGUACUCUGCGGUACGGCUUUUGCACUUGGUACGCUGCGGUACGGCUUUGCACUUGGUACGCUGCGGUACCCUGCGGUACAGCUUUUGCACUUGGUACGCUGUGGUACUCUGCGGUACGGCUUUUGCACUUGGUACGCAGCGGAACUCUUCGGUACAGCUUUUGCACUUGGUACGCUGUGGUACUCUGCGGUACGGCUUUUGCACUUGGUACGCUGUGGUACUCUGCGGUACGGCUUUUGCACUUGGUACGCUGUGGUACUCUGCGGUACGGGUUUUGCACUUGGUGUGGUACUCUGCGGUACGGCUUUUGCACUUGGUAUACCCCUGCGGUACGGCUUUUGCACUUGGUACGCUGUGGUACUCUGCGGUACGGCUUCUGCACUUAGUACGCUGCGGUACGCUGCGGUACGGCUUUUGCACUUGGUGUGGUACUCUGCGGUACGGCUUUUGCACUUGGUACGUUGCACCUGGUGUGGUACUCUGCGGUACGGCUUUUGCACUUGGUACCCUGCGGUACUCUGUGGUACGGCUUUUGCACUUGGUGUGGUGCUCUGCGGUACGGCUUUUGCACCUGGUGUGGUACUCUGCGGUACGGCUUUUGCACUUGGUACGCUGUGGUACUCUGCGGUGCGGCUUUUUGCACUUGGUGUGGUACUCCGCGGUAUGUCUUUAGCAGCACGCAAGGCAUACCGCAGCGUACCAAGUGCAAAAGCCGUACCGCAGAGUACCGCAUCGUACCAAGUGCAAAAGCCGUACCGCACAGUACCACAGCAGGUGCAAAAGCCAUACGGCAGAGUACCACACCAAGUGCAAAAGCCAUAUACCGCAGAGUACCAUACCAAGUGCAAAAGCCGUACCGCAAAGUACCACACCAGGUGCAAAAGCCGUACCGCAGAGUACCACAGCGUACCAAGUGCAAAAGCCGUACCGCAGAGUACCACAGCGUACCAAGUGCAAAAGCUGUACCGCAGAGUACUGCAGCGUACCAAGUGCAAAAGCCGUACCGCAGAGUACCACACCAGGUGCAAAAGCCGUACCGCAGAGUACCACAACGUACCAAGUGCAAAAGCCGUACCGCAGAGUACCACACCAGGUGCAACGUACCAAGUGCAAAAGCCGCGUACCAAGUGCAAAAACCGUACCGCAGAGUACCACACCAAGUGCAAAAGCUGUACCGCAGAGUACCACAGCGUACCAAGUGCAAAAGCCGUACCGCAGAGUACCACAGCGUACCAAGUGCAAAAGCCGUACCGCAGAGUACCACAACGUACCAAGUACAAAAGCCGUACCGCAGAGUACCACAGCGUACCAAGUGCAAAAGCCGUAUCGCAGAGUACCACAGCGUACCAAAUGCAAAAGCCGUACCGCAGGGUACCACACCAAGUGCAAAAACCGUACCGCAGAGUACCGCACCAAGUGGAAAAACCGUACCGCAGAGUACCACAGCGUACCAAGUGCAAAAGCCGUAUGCAGAGUACCACAGCGUACCAAGUGCAAAAGCCGUACCGCAGAGUACCACAACGUACCAAGUACAAAAGCCGUACCGCAGAGUACCACAGCGUACCAAGUGCAAAAGCCGUACCGCAGAGUACCACAGCGUACCGAGUGCAAAAGCCGUACCGCAGAGUACCGCAGAGUACCGCAGCGUACCAAGUGCAAAAGCCGUACCGCAGAGUACUGCAGCGUACCAAGUGCAAAAGCCGUACCGCAGAGUACCACAGCGUACCAAGUGCCAAAGCCGUACCGCAGAGUACCACAGCGUACCAAGUGCAAAAGCCGUACCGCAAACGCACCAAACUGAAAAAGGAAGCAAAACAACCAAGCUGA